GAAAGUCUUUUUAAGACAUAACAUUUUUACUUCAAUCCAUUUUCGCCAUUGUAUUCGAACUGAAGGAUGCUCUCUUUUGAAAGAAGCAUGCGCAGUAAUCUUUCCACCCCCGUAUUAUCGACAAAAUUUCGUCAUCCAUAGUUCUCUGAUACUAAUUGUAAUUUUGUUGUAGAUUGCGUUCCUAGCUUUGCGGCUGAUAACAGCCUAUGAAACAAGAUAACUGCCAGGCUGAUAUUAAAUAGAUAUCGAGGAAGUUGAACCAGUCAUCGGCGAAGGUUGCCCUGGUGUGCCGCAUAUUCUACUCGAGUUCAACCACUUUCUCCGAGACGAUGUUACGCUGCGUAUCGUCAUCGCGUCGUUUAUAAUUUAGUCUGAGUCUCGCCGCGUGUACUAACAAUUUAUUUCGGUCGCGGUCAAAUACGCUAAAAUGUCCAGCGACAUUAUCGGUGGAAUUGAAGGCGGCGCGUCACACACGUACGUGGUAUUAAUGAACCCACAAGGAGAAGUGAUAGGGGUCGCCAAAGGCUUGGGAACAAAUCAUUUCCUGAUUGGCAUGGACGAAUGUCGAAAAAGGAUUGCCGAACUCGUCGAUAAAGCUAAAACGCACGCGGGAAUCCCAACAGAUACUCCUCUGGCCGGUCUAGGGCUAAGUCUCAGCGGCUGUGAAGUCGAAGAAUCCAAUCAGAAGCUGGUCGAAGGAUUCCUAGUGACGUAUCCGAAUCUAUCGCAGCGAUAUUAUUGUGCUUCGGACACCUGUGGAUCCAUAGCCACAACGAGCAACAAAGGAGGUGUAGUUUGUAUAGCUGGCACCGGUUCAAAUACUCUGCUCAUUAAUCCAGAUGGUAGCAGGACGCAGUGCGGGGGCUGGGGAAAUAUACUUAGUGACGAGGGUAGUGCGUGGAACAUAGCAUAUCUAGGGAUUAAGUACUGUUUCGACGAUUUAGAUAAUUUUCACAAAGCUCCGCAUCCGAUCGACAAGGUUUGGACUUUAAUUAAGAGACAUUUUAACAUCCGGGACCAAUUCGGUAUGCUGGACAUUGUAUACAGAAAUUUCGAUAAGUCUAGAAUAGCUUUACUGUGUAAGUAUUUAGCCGAGUUAGCGACGGAAGGUGAUCCGUUGGCUAAUAACAUUUUUAACACGGCUGGUACAGAUCUUGCCAGAAGCAUAGCAGCAGUAGCGGAUAAAGCGGCACCAGAAUUGAUGAACAAAAAAGGCGGUUUAAACGUCGUAUGUGUCGGUUCAGUGUGGUUAAGUUGGGACUUAUUAAAAGAUGGGUUUGUUACAUAUUUAAACGAGAACUCAAAUAUUGAAAGACUAAGUUUAUUGAGACUUAAAACUGAAAUGGGAGUAGGUGCCGCGCUGAUGGCAUCUGAUAAAUUGAAAUUGAGAUUGGACAGGGACUACUCCAAAAAUUAUACUAUUUUUUACUCGUAUAGUAAAAGAAGUGAGUGUAACUGCAACAAUAAAUUAUAAUUUAAUCAAUUUACGAUAAUUGCAUUAAAACAUCGACAUUUUGAAAUCCGAUACUUCUUUGAAAAAUUUUGAUUCAUUUAAAUAACUGAAGAACGCUAUUUUUACGCAUAAUACAGGGUGGUCCGAACUGUAUUGCGGAAACUUCGGCAGCAUGCUCUGCAGCUAAAAAUAAAUAAAAAAGUUCGUAUAAAUGUAAGUCCUUAGAAAUUUC